AGUCGUGAUGUGAUCAACAAACAAAACUCAAUUACUCACUAUAAAGAUGUCUACAUCAGCUUAACAAAUAAUGGAAACCACUGUGGAAGUUAUUCCUAAUUACACGACCUAUCCAAAAGAUCCACAAAAAAAUGACGUAAUGGUGUAUGAAGAAGCUGCUGCAAAGAGUCUCGAUGGGCAGCGCUAUAAUGUCACGUGCCAUCAUAAAAAAUCAUUUGACACUGAAUCUCAUUUGCAAUAUGAAACUAAGGAAAACAACAAAUUACAUCAUCGAAAAACACAGCAUUUUGUCCGAGGAAAGAUGGCUGGAGGCUCUAGUACAAACACAUUGCUCUAUGGCAACGAUACCCUAACGAAAGGUUUCACUUUGCCACAAAGUCAGGAUAAAAUAGACGACAAUAGUUUUUUAUAUGGAUCAAAUGCAGUGAAGAGAUAUCAAAAUACAAACCCGGCUAAACGUUUAAACCAUAAUUUUCCUCAAGGAGAAAUGACAGAUGGACAAAAAAAUCGAUAUCGAAAGUUAGCGAAAGAAGAAGACAAUUAUCUCAACAACUAUUAUCAGCAAAAAAUACAGCAACAAUCGUUAAUUGCCGAGGAGAAAAGAAAGGAUCUUGACAUGCUCAAAAACUACAAUCCAUGGGGCAGACCCGGAGGAGGUGCACCUCGAGGAUACAACAACAAUCAAGUGAAUGCAAACGUCACAAAAAAUGUUCAAAAGUUAAAGCAAGAUAAUCGUGUAACGACUGGAGCUGGUGGUGGAGGCUCUCCAAACAGGACAUUCUCGGGAAACGUUGUAACUUCUUUGAGAAUCGAUCCUGAGAUAAGAUUUCAAGCUGCACAACAUAACUCCAAUAUUGACCCCAGGCUUCGUUACAAACCCGAUUAUUCAUAUGGUUUAGAUUUGAGUGCGCAAGUGAAUGAAGUAACAAACAGAAAAAUAUUGGAAAAACAAAAAGAAAAGGAAGAAGAUAUUAAACUGAUAGAAAAAACUCUCUUUCCAAGUCAUAAAUCAAUUCUUGCUGAUGAAAAAGAUGUCCGUUAUGAAUCAAUAUCGUCAACGACUGAUCAGUUAUACGAUCCUUGGGGAAAAGGUGUUGGAGGUCUACCUGAGCGAAAUCAAUUCGGAAAGAUCUUGAAAAAUAGACGACAUUUGACCAAUAUAUCAGAGAGUGUCCCAAUUAAGGAAAAUAUCAACCCGAAGAAAAAAAUCACCUUGGUGAAAAAUCCUUUUGGCCAAUCUUGCGUUAGAGAAUCAAGCCCAAACGAUAGUUACAAUCCCUUUGGAAGACCAGGAGCUGGUGCACCACUGAAAGAUGAACUAGGAAAUUUAAUAGUUUAUACAAGUGGAAAAUUAGCCAAUGCCGAUAUGGGAUCUGCCCAAUUAAGAAAAGAUCGUGCAAGAAAAAAAGACUAUCUAUCGGCUUUAGAAAAACAACAAGAAGAAAUUAAGAAUUUACGUUCAACACAACGAAGCAACAUGCUGAACUCCGCUAAUCCAGGUGUUGUAAGUUGGUUGUGUCAAGGGAAAGUUGGACAGCCAGAAUACGAUUCUCUGACUAACAAAAUGAAAUCAAAUGCGAAAGCUACAUCAGACGUUACUCGAGAGAAACUUCAAAUUCGUCGAUAUAUCAACCAAAACAGCAAGCGUUAUUGCGAAGAUUUACAAGAAAUGGCAAAUGAAAGAAACAGAAGAAGACAAAACGAAAGAGCACAACAAAGAGAAUUAUCGUUUCAUCACAUAAAGACAAUGAACGAUGUUUGGGGGCGUCCUGGUGGUGGAGCUCCCGUAACUAAAGCAAAAGAUCAAAUCAUAUCACCAAGAAAACAUUCAGAGCAACUCCUUCCGACUACAAGAUCGAAUUUUCGAUGAGAUAGCAUACUCCUCAAUCAAUAGAGAUUCUGGGAGUGGGAAGUGAUAUGUUUCUGUAAAAACAAUCAAGUGUUCUCAUAUUUUAAAAGUUUGAAAGAAAAAUUGCUUGAA